ACCGGACCAACCGGACCGCUACUUGUGCGCGACCCCAAGAGUGCGUGAAGGAGUGCGCGCCGCGCCGACCGCGAUCCGAUCCGCCAACAGGAUAAGCGCCGACCCGCAGCGCCGCCGCCGACGAGUGAGUGCGCGAGAGUGAUAGUGUUGUGUUCAUGCCAUUUCCGCCCCGGCACCGGGACGCUUCGCAAGCAUGGUUUACAUUUCCAUGAAAGAACUGCUGCUCCCUCUCCUGAUUCUGUUCUCGUCAGUUGCAGCAGCAAAUGACCAACAACCGAUCGACAACAAUCUCCUUCCAGAGGCUAUGAGGCAGGUCGAUGUUAACAAAACAAUCGAAGAAGUCCAAGCCAUCCUUGCUAGGAAUUCCUCGCUGCCUCGACUAACACGUGGUGAGAUUCUAGCCCUUUUGCAAGAUGUCACAAAGAACGCCAUACCACCGGCUGUACACCAGCGAAAGGAAAAGAACAACAACCUUCUCCUAGUUAUGCCGGUCAAGAUCAACGGUACAAACCUUGAUAAUAUCUACUCCAUCACACCUGUGACUAAACUUGUCCGCCCUGGUCAAGAAACGGAAGCAGCUAGCUUCGAAACCUCGACGAAGCCCUACAACAAGAGAACGCAGAAACCCACAAACAAACCCGCCAGGCGCAGGAGACCAUCCACCACGACCGAAAGCAGUAAAGGCUUCUCCCGAUUCUCGUUGUCUGACCUCAUCCGUACCACCACGCAAGCCUUCACCAAGUCGCAAGCUUACAUGCCAGUAACAACAAUGAGGCCGAACGUGGGCAUGUACCUGAACUACGUCACGAGGCAGCCACAGCCAUCUUCGACAGAGGUGAGGGGUCAGAACUUCGAACUGCCAGACAGCAUAAAAACCAACCUCCAAGCAUUUGAUCUUGGUAAUAAUAAGUUCAGUGCAAAGAAUAAGAGUGCAGAUAACUUCCAAAACAACUUCCAGCUCAUACAAAACAUAUCAUUCGAUUCUCCACCACAAGACACGAAGUUUGGUAUGGGGGCUGUCUCGACAGCUAUCAGGGUCAGUGAGAAUGUGCCUGGACUCGACCAAGCCAGACCUGUUUUCACGCAUCCCACAAUGAUAUCUCUGACUGAUCCAAAUGACAAGACCGUCGAGAAGACGGUUUACAACCACAAACCCAGUGAGAGUCCCGAAUACAACCACAAGCCCAAACCGUCGGACUUCUCAUUGAACCAAUUCGCAGAAGAGGAUUCUUUCCCAAGCUCCACGAAGACGUCAAAGAUUAAGAUGAAGGUGACAACCACGCCCCCAACGUCCACCACGACAGAAUUUUCGAUGUCCGUACCGCCCGAUGCACUCACCCCAGAGAUGAAGAACAUCCUUGUAUCCCUAGGAUUGUUGAAUCCCGAAACCGGGAAAAUCAUUCAAGAAACUCCGAAACCUACCGAUACUCCUGAUCUGUCAUCAAAUCUCUUCAACCUGAAGCCGAUGAGUCCCUCGGUAGAUCCAGAGUCUUACUCGAAGUUCAAGCCUAUCCCUGUGGACGACGCAAACCCGAAAUCCAAUAAUAUGGGUCUCAGCAGUGACAUGAAGGACUUCCUUUCUCAAUUCGGUCUCUUGCCUGAAUCCAAGAGUGCGAAGAAGAGCCAUGAAUUCGACUACUCUCACAGGGGUCAGAAGGCUCUGCAGUUCAACCGAGACUACUUGAACAACGAAACAUCUAAUGAAUUCUUAAGCGAUCUAGCAAGUCUUGAGCUGGACUCAGCGAAUGAUUCGUUCAACGACCCCUCAGACGAGGCGUCCCAUAAUGUCAGCCUCAGCACAGACAUGCUGUCUGAUGACAUGAAAGACGUUCUCCAGAACCUCGGGCUAAUCGAGGAGACGAUGGCUCUGAAGGGGAAUAAAUUGUCGAAACAGCACGUUUUCAAUCCCGCUGUCCACACGGCGCUCUUGAAAGACUCGACAGAGGCGAAGAAAAUUAAAAAGCUCUGGCACGCCAUCACGGAUCUUUCGAGAGACAACAAAACGAACGACCUCUCGCAAGACGAGCUGAAAAUCAAGAUUGAUAACAUCACGACGACCGUGUUGACUUCGAAUCAAACGCACGAAAGCUACAUCAUGAAGAUCCUUCGUCAGAAGAAGAAACCUGGCAACGAGACGGCUGCUAUUGAGAGCAUCAAGGCAGUGACGAAAAAUAUACCGACGGAGGAACCUAAAGAUCCGGAGAAGGCUUUGGAAGAGCUAGAGAAUUCUGGCGUGGAAGACUUCGAAACGGAGGCGAUCGUAAAACUGGACGAUGGCUCUUCAACGGAGUCCGAGAACCCCAAGGACGACGACGAGAUGGAGAUGAUGAACUCAAGCUCAAACCCUAGCUUCGUCCCCCCGAUCGGCUCCUCAUCGGGGAACCUGAAUCAAGUCAUGGACCCACCAGACCCUCUCUCAUCUCAUGAGCUGCAGAUCCUCUAUGAGAACCACCAAAAGACUGAGUUCAAGCGACAGCAGCCGUCAAAUGAUUCCGACACGUCUUCAACGACCGUCACGGAAACGAGCCCCACAUCCUCCAUAACCGAAACCACCUCUAGUGACAUUACCACCACCUCCGGGGCAUCUACCACAUCUGGCGCAUCCUCGACUUUUACCUCGGAGGGGUCGUCGACAUCCGGUGACUCAACGUUGGAGACCUCCACAACCCGUGGCGAUGACGAGAAGGCCGAGCUGCCGUCCGGCACAGACAGCAGUGCUUCCGCGUCCAUAGACCAGCUAGCCGAUUCUUUUGGAGGAGCUAGCGUGGCCAGCAAUCCACCAACAGACGAGGAACUCCCCGCUGCGACACUGAGGCCGAACGGUCUCUACUUUUACGUCGACUGGAACACGUUUUUAAACGUCGGCGAGGAAGACAAGAAGCCUGUUAACCUGAAAUUUGCCCCGAAGGUGGGGAACCCACGGUUGUUCUUACCCAUCACUGUACCUUAAAGGAAGUGCCAUUCGAAAUGAGUUUUGCCAAAGGUGAUAUACACCAUGUUGGUUGCUGCGUUACCUCCAAAUUAGGUUUAAUUUCCUAGGAGAAAUAGCAACUAAUAUCUGAAAUGAAAGUUCUUAAGGUUUUUGCAAAAGUAUCAGUACUAGAAAAAUCUUUCGAGACUAUCGUUUCUGCUAUGUCGCUCUCAUAUUGAGAAUACAACAUUUUCUACCAUUGAUUGUUAAAAAAGAUAUUUUUCUCUUAGAGCUUUUUAUUCUGGUACUCACAAUUAUUUAAAUAGGAGUUUAAAUGUUUACUGACAAGGCGUUCCGGAAAGUCAAUAAAUAAUUUUAUUAACUUGCUAUUCCGUCUUGAUGGAGGUAUCAAACAUGAUUCAUGUUAUUUUUUGAUCUUAUGAGUGCAUGCUUAUUGUUAAGUGAUACCCAAACCAUUGUUUCAUAGAAAAAUGAGUGGCUGCAAAAAACAAAACAAAAAUUUUAAACGGAUCCAUAUUGAGUCGCAAUAGUUAUCGUCAGUAUUUUUCCUAAAAUGAUAAAUAUUCGAUGGAUUGGUUUUAGUUGGAUUCAGCCGAUGUGAGUUGAAGAAUUUUUCACAGAAUAAUUAAUUAACUUACGUAAACUCAAAAUUAUCUUAAAAGCACUGAGAGAAGAUGUUUUAAUGUUGUAUUUGAUAAUGUUUGAUCUAUCUAGAAAAGAUAGGUUUCCUCGUUCUUUUAUUUCAUCUAAGAAAAGAGUAGAGAUUGAAUUGUUUCAUUCGGCGUGCCAUUCCUCAAUGACAAGUUGCUGAGUACGAAUGGGGGUACUUUUAAAAGUCGGAACUGUAUUAAAAUGUAUUUGAGGGUUACCUCUCUAUAUCAAUCGACAGGUAUUUCUAAUGUAAUGUUUUUAAUAUCCCGGAGAACUGUUUUUAUCUACCCCUUCCUGUGUCUGUUAGAAAUAACAAAUUAUAAAUGCCCGGUGCUGAAAAAAGGCUCGUCUUCAGGUUGAGAUGUCCUUCAUUUUUUUCUACCCAAUGUGUUUACAAACAAUCAUUUCGCAAGGUAACCAUUUUGUACGGAAUCAGAAUACCAAAAAUAAAGUAUAUUUAGAUAUACAUAUGUUUUUUGGCUUGGGAAGCCAAAUGCAAAAUAUGAUUAUGACUUUCGAUUUUAUCCCACUGCUUGACAUUCAGUGAUUCGCCAGGGAGGUUUCCUCUUUCGUCGAGAAUAUUGGCCAACCAGAUUCAUGAUUUGGAGAGCCCAUAAAAACACGACUCAACCUGAACAAAUGAGACUGAUUUUCCUCGGGCGCCUUAUACAUAAAACUGUGAUAUGUGAAUGUUAGUCAAGUAGUCUGAGUUAAUAAGUUAUUAUUACGUCCAUAGACAUUAAAUUAAAGGCAAAUAUUUAUUUUCAUAGUGAAGUAAGUUAGUUUUUAGAGAAAAAAGUUCAAUAUUGGUCUUCGUCAUUUUAGGGUAAUUUUUUUGUUGCUUAGCUUUGUGAAGUGACCGAAAUGUUCACUCAUUCUUGGAAAAGAUAUAUGUUAAUGAGCAAAAUCUGACUUCAGGGUGAUUCAGCGUCACUUUGAAAUACAUUUUAUAACCAUUCGACAAAUCUAAAACUUUACAUUCUGUUUCAAUUUUUUUGGUCAAUCAAUGAUCCGUGAGAAACUAAAUAUUUCUUAAAUUAGGUAAAAGUAUUAACGUGUUGCCAAAUUGUUAGUUUUUAUUUUACCGUUUAGAACGUGCGACUAAUUAUCACUGUGCUUAUUUUUAGUCCCUAAUUAUCAAAAUCACUCGUCAUCAACCACUUCAGCAAAUCGAAACGAGAAGAGGCAUCCUCAAUUUCGUUAAAUGUUAUCUCUUACCCUACCCGAAAUCUCCUCACACCGAGAAGUAUGUCUUUUCCAAUUUGAUCUGGCUGAACUACCGUCGAAAAGCAAGAGAAAGAGGCGGGAAGAUUGAGAGUCUCGUUACAUCAUCUUGACUUUUACGUUAGAGACACUUGCUGUGGUUAGCAGGUUAAUUCUGACGAUUAAGUGAUCUAGUCAACAAAAACCGUGACCGAUACGCGGUGUUCAAUCACUUCUUCCGUCUCAUUCUCUGCUUUUCCCAUGGCUGUCAUCUACUGGUGAAUGCCGUGACAGCCCUGUUGCCGAGUAGCAAAUGGCCUAUUACCUCACUGGAGAAAAAAGUCGCUUGGAUCUAGAGUCCAGACUCUUGAAAACAUUGACAAGUAAAAAUACUCUUGAUUCAAUCGGACUUUUUGCUUGAAUCAAAAGGAAA